AGUCCAUCUAAUCAAACACGGCGUGUCUCGCCGGUUUCAGGCAAUAAACUGAUCUGCGACUGCAAGCUGGCAUGGAUCUGGGGUCUUAGGAACGAGACGAAGAACGUGAAGCUACGAGAGUCCCUGGAGGAGCUCACUUGCUUCCUCGAGAGUAAUAACGCAACGCUGAAGAUCAACAACGAGAACCUCGAGUGGAACGAGGCGCUCGAGAUAGCACGUAACUCAGAGGAAUAUCGCGCCGGCAGCUUGAGAGACGGGAGCAUCGAGGACGACGACGCUUACUUGGGCGACGAGUACGAGAGUAGAGAUGGAUACGAGGAUUCUUCCUCGAAUUCCGAUUUUCAGCCGAAGAUGCAGAUGGUGGAGGGUAAACUGUGCUACGUGAAGAACCUGUUCGAGCUGAAACUGGAGGAGCUGCCGUGCCCAGAGCCCUCGAGGGAGGAUCUAAUGGCGUCCGAGCAACCUUCGAGUCGCCACGAGAACGCCCGCGUCGGAUCCUCCGGUUCCAUAUGGUCCUCGUCCUCGCCCAACAUUGUCCGCCUCGACCUGUCCGUCCUCCUAUACUCUCUGCUCUUGUUGCUGUCGGUGCUGUUCACGUAGAAGCGGCUACGUACGCCGGACGGCCCAGCAAACAGAUCGGAAGGACGGCCCGUGCACGAGGACGAGGACGAUUCUCGCAAUCCCGAAACAUAAAAGCGUGCAUAAUCGAAUCGCGCGAGGUGUGUAUGUGCGUGUGUAUCGUCGCGUGUGUUCUCGCCGGAUCCGCGACUGUCUAACACAUUCUCUCCAGCGAUCCCUUCUUCGGCGAGGAAUUUUUAUUUUACCCGAGGAGCAUUCGAAGAAGGUUCUUCCGUCUCGUUCUUCUCUCUCGUCGUUGUCGUCUCUUGGGAAAAUAUUGCCGAGAGUUUAUGGACAUUCGAGGAGAGUUUGGCGUUCUCUCGAAAGGGAGGAGCGCUAUAGUGAGUUAGAAAGGUGGUUUGUUACGAGUUUUGGGUUUAGGAAGAGUAUUGAUUUCUAGGGACGAUAUAAUCGGGCAAUUUUUAAUUUUUUUUUUCUUUUCUUCUUUUUCUUUUUUCUUUUCCCUUUGGAAGUUGCAAGCUUCGCAGGAUUUUUCAUAAAUUGGAUCCGGGGAGAUUGAUCUGGGAUUUUAUUUUUUGAAAGGAUAAUAGGAAUGUUCUAAAAUUUUCUGAACUUCAAUUUCAAACGCGGUGAAUGACGAGCAUAUGGUCUGUUCACUGAAAUUCAGUUUUAUAAAUUUCAAAUUGCAGGAGAAUCCCCUCGAACGACGAAAUAAUCAAUUUGAGAUUUCCAAUCUUGGAAAUCGAAAAAUAACUUGCCACUUUAAAAUUCUAAAUUCUGUGGCAAUCAAUCUGAAAUUCGAUUACUGAGAGAAUUCUUUAAACCAGACUCGUAGCACGAUAGUAAUUUUAAUUUUAAUCAAAAAUAUUCCAAAGUGAAAAGAUUCUAAAGAUCAAAAUUUCAAGUUUAAUUAUAAGAAAUAGAAUUCUAAAUUCCCAAGCAUACUCUCUUGGAUCUAGUUUCACAAAUU